ACAGAAAUACUUGGAAGCGCUAGGUUUUUGCCAUGCGAAUAUAUGAUCCGAGUAUUGUUUAAAAUAAAUAUUUAACUCUGUGUUUUAUUUUUUAAAAACCGUACUUAUUUUUAACAUGCUAAAAAGUUCUAACUCCGUAUAUUUACGCUGACAUCACUAGAACAGACACCGGGCUGGAACAGAAACAGGAGAUGGAUGUUGUUAUUAUAAGGACAAAAUCAUGAUUAAGCGUUUGCCCAAAGAGGUAGAGGGUAAACUCCGCUCCGGGGUGGCUGUUCCCUCCCUGCAACAGUGUGUGGAGGAGCUGGUUCUCAACAGCAUCGAUGCCGGGGCGACCUGUGUGGGAGUCAGAGUGGACAUGGACUCCCUCAAACUUCAAGUCCUUGACAACGGCAACGGGAUGAGUGCUGAAGACAUGGGAUUUGUGGGAACCAGAUACUACACCAGCAAAUGCAGCUGUGUGGAAGACCUGGAGAACCUCCGCUGGUACGGUUUCAGAGGCGAAGCCCUGGCCAGUAUCUUAUCUCUGGCCUCGCUGGUGGAAAUCUCAUCCCGGACCAAAUCAACGGUGAAAACACACGUGAAAAUGUUCAAAAACGGCCAAGGCAUGGAUGUGUUUGAGGCAGAGACUACAAGACCCUCAGCGGGAACAACUGUUAUCGUUUGCAACCUUUUCUACAGCAUGCCGGUGAGGAGGAGGCGGGUGGACGCUGUCCUGGAGAGUGAAAGGAUCAGACACCGACUGGAGGCUAUUUCUCUAAUACACCCGUCUGUGUCGUUCACCCUGAGGAACGACAGCACGGGAGUCAUGAUGGUGCAGCUCAGUAAAGCCAACAACACUCACCACAGGUUCGCUCAAAUACACGGCAGCGACAGAGUGAAGAAACUGGGGGAAAUCAGCCACACGCACGCGCCGUUCGAAGUGAGCGGUUACAUCUGCAGAGAGGGACACUACAACAACAGCCUGCAGUACCUGUAUGUGAACGGUCGACUGCUGCUGAAGACACAGUUGCACAAGUUGUUGAAUUUUCUACUGCGCAGACUGAGCAGCUCCCAGCACAAAGGUGGCAGCCCUGAUGGGCAUCCCGGUCUGAGGAGUCCGAAGUCCAAGAGAAGCCAAGAGCUGCACGGCGUGUACGUCAUCAACAUCAAAUGCCCGUACUCCGACUAUGACAUUUGCCUGGAACCUGCGAAGACUCUCAUAGAGUUCAAAGACUGGGAUGGCGUUUUGCUCUGUGUAGAAGAAGCUGUGAAAACUUUCCUCACCAGAGGGUGUUUGUUGGACGUUUCUGAAGAGGACACGGGCGGGACAUUCAAAGAGGAGGACAACAGCGGCAGAGAUGAACUGCCAACCACUUCCUCUGCCGCAGCAGACUACAGCAUCGGAGUGACACUUGCAUCUGAGUCUGUUCAUCGUGCGCAAAGUGAUGUGCGUGUUCUAGAGGACGGUGUCUGCCCGGAGUCUGAUAUGACAGUAUGUGAAGAGGACGAGAGUUUAAAGUCACAGAGUGAGGGGUGUGUGGGCGAGGACGGUGACAAUGAGCCCCAGGCUGAUCUGGUUCAACCGGAACCAUCAUCAUCUGAGGAAAGAACAUUCAGUGAAGAAGAAAACAAAACACAAAUGUGUUUUCAAAAUACUACCUCAACCAGCUACAAUGUUUUAUCAGGUGACACCAGCAGAGAAAACCAGUUCAAUAAUAGCAUUGGUUUAAAAACUAGUCGUCAGCAGACGGACAAUCACAGAGACUCUAUCACCAAAAACAGAAAGAUCCAUUUGUCCGAUCCGUUCAUACACCAAAGUCUGAAAACUCCCUGUCUGGCCCAGAUGAAUAAAUCAGUAUUUCUACAACCAAGUGUAGCAACGACCGAAGACAAGAGCUCCGAUGCAGUAAAGAACAGAAUUUCACUCAUUUCACUCCAUAACAAAUGUUCCCAAAGAUGGCAGAACUCUUUAGCUCCUGUCGUUCCUCCAAAGAUUCCCAGAAUGGAGUCUUCCCGAAGUGUAUCAUUAUGGAAGGAGUCUGGAUCCCUAGACAAGUUUAGGAGAAUAUUUGGUAAAUCAAGUAAGAAGAAACUGAGUUUACAAAACCUGACUGGAUCUGCUGAAACAGAAGGACUCACUUCACGUCCUUCCAAUUGGCCGGUGUCUCAACGACAUCAGCAGGAUGUUGAUGAUGCACCGACACAGAAAAGUGAGUCACAGAUAAAUCUCCGUAGCCUGCGAUCACUCAGCUCCCACACUGAGUCAAUUACUGAUGAAAAUAAAACCAACAAAUCCCUGGCUGCUAAAAUCUGCCAUUUGAAAAAACACAAGCCGAUGGGUUCCACCGUGUCGCAGAAGGUUUCUGACACUUUGUCACAAGGAAAUACUUUUCUCAGAGUCAGCGAUCAUGACACCCAGGACAGUAACAACAACGACAGUUCCAGUGACUCUGCAGUGAUCUGUGAGCCGGCCUCGGGUUGUGACACGAGCCGUCAGUUAGCUGAGGAAACAGGAGAGGAAACAUCGGACGACUGGCUUCAUCACUUUGAUGCCUCUGUGGGAAAGACGGUGUACGUCAACAGAGUGACUGGACUCAGCAAAUAUGAAGGUCCAUCGACCGAAGAGACACAAGUGGCCUGUACGUCUGAUGUCACCAACAUGGCCGUUAGCGUGGUCUCUGAAACAGGGAUGGAAUACAGAUGUUACCCGUUUCAGAUGGACCUAGUUUUGCCCUUCCUGCCUAAGUCCAGGACAGAGCGAGUGAUUAGUUCAGGGCACGAUGGCAAAGACGUCGACGGAGAACUCUCCACUUCACUCUCCUCGUUAUACUCCAAGUGGAAUAACCCAGUCUUUGUACGACCACCCGUGGUAGGUGUGAACAUAUCAAGUGGACAAGCAGACGGACUGGCUGUGAAGAUCCAUAAUAUCCUGUUUCCAUAUCGCUUCUCCAAAGCCAUGAUUCAGUCGAUGAAGGUCAUAUGUCAAGUGGAUAAGAAGUUUCUGGCCUGUCUGAUAAACACGAACGACGAGGAGCCUGCAGCUCAGAGUCAAACUGAAGGAAAUCUUCUGGUGCUUGUGGAUCAACACGCCGCCCACGAGAGAGUUCGACUGGAAAAUUUAAUUGCAGAUUCCUACGUCGUUGACACUGAUGCGUCAGAAGACAAACAUCUGCGUUCAGCAAAUAUUUCGCCGCCUCUGGAGAUAAGUGUGACGGAGGAGGAGCUGCGGCUGCUGAGGUCUUGCCAGACGCAUUUUCCGAGUCUGGGUCUGGAGGUGACGUUCUCCCAGGCCACAGAUCCACAGAUCUUUGUGGGGAAGGUGCCGCUGUGCUUCAUGGAGCGGGAGAGUAAUGAGGUGAAGCGUGGGAGACCAUCUGUCAUCAAACCUAUAGUUGAGGAGUAUCUGCGAGAGCAGACGGAGAUACUGCGAUCAGCUGGUAGAGUGAGGGCAACGUUGCCUCUCACUGUGCUCAAAGUUCUUGCGUCUCUCGCCUGUCAUGGUGCCGUCAAAUUCAACCACAGCCUGAACAGAGACGAGUGCCACAGUUUGGUCACGGCCUUAUCUUCCUGCCGGCUGCCCUUCCAGUGCGCUCAUGGCCGUCCUUCCAUUAUUCCACUCGUGGACUUUAACCAUUUAGACAAAGACCAGAAGGAACCUCAGAAGCCAAACCUCCAGAAGCUGAGACGAUUGCACAAAUCCUGGGAAUUAUGUGGAAAUAAAUGAAUGGCUUUUUUUUAAAAUUGUACUUUUUUAAUUGUACUGGUCUGUUUUAAAUGAAAUGUAGCAUAAAAAUCAAAUGUGAAAUUUAAAAGCUAUUUAUUAAAAAUUCAACUGCCAAAAAAAUAUGUUAAACAUGUGAUGAUUUUUUUUCAGCGCUUUUCUGAAUAAUACGUUAAGUAAAGAUCAACAAAAUGACUCAGAAAAGACUUUAGAAAAACAGAAAAAUAUUGCGAUAAAGACAAAUAAAGAGAACGGACAAGAAUGUUCCUGUAACCUCAAAAAUCACAUCAUAACCAAAAUAUGAUGAAUAAAUAAAAUAAUUUAGGAAGCCCAAAAUAACCACCGCUGAGGAGUUAAUUGGUU